CAGUCAGGUUUCAUUCCAGCCCAGGGCGGCCUCGUCCACAACAUUCCUCCAUCUCCGGCAAUGGCAAGCCGCAGCGGAGGAGCAGUCAGGCCUGGUGGCACUUCCGUACCAGCAAACAAAAACUUCCAGUUCAAGCUAGUCCUGCUGGGGGAGUCGGCGGUGGGGAAGUCGAGCCUGGUGCUGCGCUUUGUCAAAGGCCAGUUCCAUGAAUUCCAGGAGAGUACCAUAGGAGCUGCUUUCCAGUCUAAGACCAUCAGUCUUGGCGACGCCACCAUCAAGCUUGACAUCUGGGACACGGCGGGUCAAGAGCGCUACCACAGCCUGGCCCCCAUGUACUACAGAGGAGCUCAGGCAGCCAUUGUGGUCUAUGACAUCACCAGCACGGAGACGUUUGCACGUGCUAAGAACUGGGUAAAGGAGCUUUAUAAACAAGCCAACCCCAACAUGGUGAUCGCUCUGACCGGCAACAAGGCGGACAUGGGGGACAAGAGAGCGGUGGAGCAUCAGGAGGGGCAGGAAUACGCCGAGGAAAAUGGGCUUCUCUUUAUGGAGACCUCCGCUAAGACUGGCCUCAACGUCAACGAUAUUUUUAUGGCCAUCGCUAACAAGCUACCAAAGAAUGACCCUCAGGCCGGAGCCGGCCAAGCAGGUCGCGGCAGGACGGGAGUGGAUCUGCACGACAACAACCCUCAGAACCGCAGCAGGUGUUGCAGCGCUCUCGUCGGCGGCGGCGGCAGAAGUUAGACGCGACGAGAAGAAGUGAGUGAGACAUUCGCUAGGAGGAUAACGUUUUAGUGAAACGUGAAAAGACAGUUGAGUUCGGGGGGACAGGACGGGCAGAGCUCCUUGGCCUCCUCACACCAACCUCCCGCUCUUAAAGAUGAGAUUAUAUAAAUAGGCUUUUUAACAAGGAUUAAAAAAAAAAAACAAUCAAAAGCAAGUUUGGUAGACUCUCCUGAUUGGCCUGAUCACUUCCUGGUUCACUGGGCGGAUUUUUUGUUUGUGUGUGUGUGUUUAGGUGGCUGUUUUUUUUUUUCUUCUCUUUUUGUGUGGGGUUUAUUGUGUGUGUAUAUUUUGUAUCUUUAUGUGUAUAUAAAAGUUUUUAUAUUUAUAUACUCACAUGAAUAAUAUAUACUGUACAGUA